AUGAGUGAGAGGAACGGCAGAAUGAUCAGUGAUGCGACAGCUGCCAGGAGCUGCAGAGUGACAGCUGUGGGUGUCAUGGAGGAUGCAGCAGAUGAUACAAGCCAUCAGAGACCAGCCUCCUCCAGCAGCUUCUCUCACUGCCACACGGGAGAUGCUGGCCCCACUGAAGGCGACCCUCUAAAGACUUUCAUGUGUCAACAUUUGCUCUGUCUUUUCCAGUUUGGGCCCAGCGUGAAUUUCGUCACUGGCAACAAUGUAAGUAAGAACCAGAUUUUUAAAUUGUCUCAAGGACAGAAGAAAGACAGGUGUGAAAACCUGUCAUCCGUCAGUGAGAUGUUGGUGGUUUUGGAGAAUCUGAGGAAAGCAGUGGUGUGUUUCCUCUGAGACGAGAAGCAGCUUACACAGCCGUUGAAGGAGCACAUUGAAAAGCAAAAGAAUAAUUACAAACAUCAGGACAACCUUCAGCUCUGUCGGACUAGGACAGAAAAUAAGCUUCAGUGCGUCAGAGGCAGAGUUGACAGUCAGAGAAAGGAACAAGAGUCUCUCGGGGACAGUCUCGAGCUGAACUAGCAAGUGAAGGUCAUUAGCAAAGCUCACAAGGAGCAUGAUGGAGAGACAGAAUAUACAAAAGAGCAGAAGAAAUAUCUGGAAGUGCUUGAGACGAUGUGCUCACAGCUGAAUCAGGUGAUCAAGAACAAACAUCAGGCACUUUCCAGAGGUCGGGAAGAAUGGGUGUGUGUCAGUUUGAAGGAUCCCACGCUGGCUGCGGCUGUGGAAUGCUCUCUGCGGAGCCGCAUGAAGGCUUUCUGCUGUGGCAUGCAUGAGACGGUCCUUCAGGAGCUGAUGUCUCGCUGUGAGAUGGAGUCUGACCUGGAGAAUCACCAGGCUCAGCUGGCCAGGUUUCAGCUCCACGUGGCCCCUGUGUCUGAGGAAAUGAGCAUGGAGAGCAAGCUGAACAGCAUCAUCAUGACCCAGAAGAAGACUCUGGCCUCUGUGGAUCCAGUCGAAGCAACCAUAACUCAGACUGCUGGUCAGGAGCAAAUCAUCAGCUCCUCUAAAGAGAACAGACAGAAAAUCGAAGCAAACAAGCCGACUGCUCAUGAAGCAAAGACGGAGCUCAACAAGCAUCAGAAAAUAUCAGAGGACAUGGAGUCCAUGGACUCUUCUGUUAGAGAAUGGAUUAAUCAGCUUCCUGAGGACAUGGAGCCAGCGCUUGAAUCCGUCCACUCCACCAAGUUGACUGAUUCAUCUGGCAUUUUGACGAGAAACAACAGUUUCUCGUCUGAAAAAGCAGAAAAAUUUAGGCUAUGCCAUUUUCUGUCCUCUGUCCUCAUUAGGGAGUACGCUGAGGCCCUUGCUCUCCACAGACAAAACCAAGUGAGAGAUCUGUGGAGGUUCAUCGAUCAACUCUAUAACAUCAUGUGAGACAGGAAGAACAAAUACAAAGUCAUGCAUAAAUUAUACUUAAGUAACUUCAUGAUAAGGAUGAACUGCUGCAGCUCUGAGGUUUUUGAACACAAGAAUGAAACACUCUCAAUCUCUUUCCUGCCUCCAGGCAGGGAGGAUAAUGGGGUGAGCUCGCUGUGUGGGGGUGAACGCUCCCUCUCCAUUGUUUGCGUCAUGCUCUGGCUGUGGGAGAUCACCACAUGA